AUGGGCUCUCCUCCACCGCCCAGGAGUUCUCGUCGCAAUGGCACACUUGAAUUGAAAGGCCCUGGACUUUCACUUUUUGUAGUAUCCAUUGCACUUCUUGUGUUGGCGUAUAUUACUAUGAUUCUGAGGAUAUUUGUGCGGAUCAAGAUCAAAGCAUUUGGAACGGAUGACUGGCUGAUGUGCUCUGGGUUGGUUUUCUAUACCAUUGCUUGCAUAUCGACACUUCUUGCAGCUUUGAAAGGCGUGGGCACCCACGUAGAAAGAUUGAGUGAGGCUCAGAUGCGAGAUGCUGCAAAAUGGUUCAUGUUCUUCCAACUCUUCUACGUCGCCUCAACGGUCCCAAUUAAAUCCUCCAUCUGCGUAGCCCUUUUGCGUAUAACCCUUCAACGUACCUAUCGCAUCCUGCUAUACAUGGUUAUCGUCCUGUCCUUAUUCGCUGCUCUUACAACCGACAUCGUUGUCCUCGCGCAAUGCAAACCGAUUUCGGCAACGUGGGACAAGAGAAAGGGGACGUGUGCACCUACGAGCGUGAUCACGGGCGUUUCGUAUUUCAUAAGCGCAGUGUCAAUUCUCACGGACUGGACUUGCGCGAUUCUACCGGCGUUCAUCUUGUGGGGUGUUCAGCUGAAGUGGAGGGUAAAGGCAAGCGUGGGGGUAGUGUUAGCUCUGGGUGUUGUUGCCUCAACAGCCACCCUCGUGCGUCUAAAAUUUCUCCCCUCCUACACUAUCGGAGAAGACUAUCUCUACCACAUCGCACCCAUCGGCAUCUGGUCCAUUACUGAAUCUGGAAUCGGCAUCACUGCAGGGUCGCUCGCCACACUCCGCCCUAUUAUUAAACAUAUUCCCUUCCUAUCUAACUUUUCGUCCGGUGAUAAGAGCAAGACGCCCGUCACCCCGAAACUUUCCCAUCGACUAGAAGUUCUAAAGGGGAGUGCGAGGAGGAAUGUAAUACCAGGUGUGAGUACCGAGAUUGAGGGGACUCGGAGAAAUUGGGAGGAGUUGAGUGAUGGGGAGAGUCAGAGAUAUAUCUUGAAGGAGAGUACUGUUGUGGUUACUAGUGAGGGUGGAGAGCGGGGGUCAUAG